AUGUAUCAAACAGCCCCCCAAUAUCAACAACAACCCUUCGUUUACUCGAACAUAUACCCUUCCGCUUCUCAUCAUUCAAGAUCACCAUCUACCUCAUCGUUAUCUAGGCAUUCACCGGCUGAUACUUCGUUCACUAUAGAUACAAAUUAUUUGUAUCAACCAUCCGUUAGUACUGCUAACGCCAUGGCUACUUCGCCUGACGUACAUAAAGCUUCGCCUAUUCAACAAAAUCAUUCUUCUCCAACUAUGAUGCCUUCUGGAUCGACAUCAACUGUUACUUUAUCGCCUGACAAUACCAAUAUUCUUCCACCUUUGUCUGAAGUAUUCCCAACAUCAUCUGCUCAUCCUGGUCAGCAGAAUUCGUCUUCAGCAUCAUCCCCAAUUCAAUCUCAAGUUGUUCCACAAGCUCAAUCACAACAGCAACAAACGAGUGCAAAUAUGCCUAUGACAUCCGCCGCCGCACAUUCUGGUUUCUUUCAAACUAUUUCACAAUAUUCUGACGUAAACGCAGCAGCAGCUUCAUUUGCCGCUGAUACUGUUACUUUUUCCGCUGCACCAAUGAUGUCACAAAGUCAACAACCUCAAAUUGCUUCCAACAUUUCUGUCGCAGAUCCUCGUACAUUACCUCGUAUUGGUCCAAAUGGUUCAGACAUGCAAGCUCUUUCUACUGGUAUAGACCCUACAGGUAGAAAUCGUAGUAAUGCAUCAAUGCUCGCUAUCAAUACAAAUGGUUUAACAGUAGGAGCUACAGAUACUAGUCCAAUGAGUGCCGGGUCAUCUACAGGAUCCCCUAUAGUACCAGGAGUUCCAAAUACACUUAGUUAUCAUCAUAGUGCAAAUGCGGCACAUCAUCAAGCUUUACUUAAUAGUCAUUUUAUGGCAGCGGCACAAUCUAUGAAUAAUGGUAGUAUGAUAGCACCUACAACACAACGUUCACCUAAUAGUCGCCGAGGAACACGAUCAGAUGAUGGUAGUGAUGCGAUUUCUCAAGCCACUAAUGGAGAACGUCCUCAAAAAGUAUACUCAUUUGUUGCACUACCGGGCAUUAACACUAAAAAAAGACCUCGCCGACGAUAUGAUGAAAUCGAACGUCAUUAUGCUUGUAAUUAUUCAGGAUGUACAAAAAGUUAUGGAACUCUUAAUCAUUUGAACGCACAUGUACAAAUGCAAAAACAUGGUCCAAAACGACACCCAUCCGGUAAGUUUUUUUUUUCUUAUUACUUGUUACCUAA